UUCGGACGGCUCGUACCAACAGGGACCUGAACGCCUCAGGCGGGAGGCUUUCAGAGCGAAAAACAAGGCGGAAAGAGGGACUCCGAGGCGCUGACGUUCAAGAUAUACUGCUCUUCCACAAAACUCUGCCCACACCUGAAAAAAGUAAUGUCUGCUUUUUAAAGAUGCAGUUCAAGUCAUCUCUACUGGGCCUGUCACUUCUUUUGUUUCACUUCUCUAUCCUAUUGGCCAAACGAGGGGGUGGGGGAGGGAAGGGCUUUGGCGGAAAAAAGUGGUCUACAUCUAGCCGAAGUGGCACUAACAGCAACACAGGAUACAAAAAUAAUCAGGGCUCCACUUCACAGGGUGGACAUCCUAAACAGCCAGGGCAAAGCAACCAGGGAGGCUAUCCAGCACCCGGAGGGGGACAUAGGUAUCCAGGGGGUUACCCCAGGCAGCAUGGUGGAGGCUACUACCAUUCGUAUCCAGGAAUGGGCUCACCAUAUGGGGAAGGAGGUAAUAGAGGCUACCCAGGUGGAUACAUUAAUGUCAACCCAAAGAACAAAAUUCUGAGCCCUCACUAUGGUGGUAGCUUUGGUUAUGGAGGAUAUGGCUCAAGGGGUGGCUCUCCUUUUUCCCAGUCAGUCCAGGGAAUGGGUGCAUUUCCUAAUGAGUAUUCCAGAGGUUUUGGACGCAGAGCAUUGAUUGCUGCGGGUGGAGGGGCUGUGGUGGGAAUGGCCCUGGGCUAUGGGUUGGGAAGGUUCCCUCGGCCUUAUUUUCACUUUCGCAACCCCCAAGAGGAGUAUUACUACAACAACUACAUGUACAGGAAAUAUGGUACCCGUUCAACUGACACCAAUGACUACAGCCGAGACUAUCGCUACAGUCAACCCCCUCAGAGCUACGACAUCUACAUGGACGCCUGCAUGAUGAGGACUGACCUGCCUGCAGAGAAUCAAGAGCCAAAAAAUAAACCAACCCCCAGCACCCCAAAUGGAGGUACCACCCGUUUAACCAGUAGCACUGGCAGCAACACAUCAAAGACCAACAGCCGUGCAGCGGGAAGCUCGUCUACCACUACACCUUUAAGUCAAUCUUCACGGGGCUUCAGCAGUGCUGAAGAGGACGAUACAGUUAGCAUUGUGGAGAUUGGCUAUCCGGCACUGAUGGAACAGCUGAAGGCCAGGAAAUGCUUGGAGCUUUACAUGGUCUACUCUGAGAGAUACUUAGUAAGACAGACUGGAGGAGCUCAAAGGCUGACGUUGGGCCUGCAGGGGCUUUUAUCUGUAGUCUUUGGUACAACACUGAUGGUAAUUAAUAGCAGCAUGAUAAUGUUUCUGCACUGAGAAUGUGUCAUUUCCCCCAAAAAUCUGGAAAAGAAUGAAAAACAGUGGGGUUUCCCCACGUUUUGACAGACUAGGCAGUAUGAGAUUCCCAUGUUGUAAUCUUGACUAAAGACACCAAGUUAUCAUGGUAUAACACAUAUAUUGUAAAUAAAAGUCCCUAACAUGACCCACUUUAUUUUAUUAUAUUUAUUUAUCAGAAAAGCAGCAACUAUUCCUACUGCUAGUGAGAUAACCAGACAUAAAUGGUAUUAGUCAUAAUUGUGUUACAAAUGAUAGAGUCAAACUUGUCUGUCUUGUCAACAAGAGUAAAUUGUGGUAGUCUUCUUUCAGCCAGCUGACAACUGGCCAUGCCUAUUGGGGACAAAAUCUUAUUCUUCACAAAAUUUGGUAAAAAAAACCCGAUUAAUUUCAAAGUUAAAUCUAGCUUUGGAAGAUUGUGAUAUAAAGUUGCUUAAAAUUAUGUAUUUGGGACAGAGGUUUGUUUAGCUUUUAAACAUCAGAUGCAAACCACGUUCUGGGCCGUAAAGGUUUCCUGUCUGUGUCUCUGGACUUAAAGAUAGAAACAUUGGUGCAGUGUUUAUACCUCCAACUUACAAAUAUGGUUUUCAUUUUCUGACACCAGGUUACAGAGGUUAAUUUUAAUAGUACAGAAAACAAGACAACUGACAUUCGACAUUGUGAUUAAAAACAAUGGGAGUAAAUUUCAGCAUAUUUAAAAUAAUAAUAAUUUUGACUUUAUUGAUCUCACAAUGGAGAAAUUAUCCUCUGCACUUAACCCAUCCCUUAGGGAGCAGUGGGCUGUUAUUGUGCAGAGCCCAGGGAGCAUUCAGUGGCUAAUGGUCUUGCUCAUGGAUCCAGAGUGGCAGGCUGUGGGAUUUGAACCAGGGUACGUGAGGCUUCUUCAGGAUGCAAAUCGGCAGCUCUCUAACCACUAGGUCACCACUCCCUAAAGAGAUUGUACUCAGCAUUUAGAACACUAUGAAAUGUCAUGCCCCAGGCAAAAAUGCACUGUUUAAGAAAAGGAGCAAAACAUGUUUUUAUCAUGAAUGUGCAGAGUAAGAAAUCUAUCUGAAAUCCAUUGAGAUUGUUGUGUGUUUAAUGGCAGCAGCCCUGCCUGGCUGCAGCUCCCUGAGGGUUAUGUAAUAUAAUGUAAUGUGUGUAAAAAGCAUCCAAGAGUUGGCUUUUCUUUCACUCUGAGCUUAUUGCAUUGAUUUUAAUGGUGGAAAGCAGGAAGUUGUUUACUGAAACAAUGUGUCAACGCAAGCUUUGAAUCUUCUCUUUUUCUGCAUUGUUGUUCCUGUCAGUGGAGCCAAGAACUUCCUAAGCAUGAAAAACAGAUGAAUCAUAUCUACAAGUGGAAAGGAAACCACAUCUAACUGACCAAUUGUAAUCUGCUGUCCUGUAAUCAUGAUGUCAAACAGACCUUGGACUUACCUUUUUAUGAAUAUCUACUAAGGUUUUCAAACAUAUUCACACUCUUUUUGUCUCGUCUUGCUUUGUUGUGUGUGUUGUUGGCAUCCUCCUCUGUCUGCAGCAGCUUCUGGCUACAAAAGUGCUCUUAAGCCCUUUAUAGGUAGAAUAUCAGAGCCUCACUGACCAGCCCAAAUGAAUGUGUCUUCAUCAGUCAUGUUUACUGUAUUUUGGAUGCAGUUUUAUUCCUACACUCACAGGGGUUUUUACUUUUUCUAUUCAGAUUCUUGUCACAACACACACACACAUAACUUCUAGACAGUUAGGGUGGCCAUUUUCAGUUUUAGAUCAUGUUUAUUACAUUUUUAAGGCUUUAAGCCUUAUAAGCACUUAAAGUAACAAUCAGAAGCAAAAACAUAAUUUUUGCCUCAGUCGAUUGUUCUUUUGUCCUUUCAGGUUUUGAGUUUUACAUCUGAAAGUCAAUAAAAAACAAAAACCCGUCCACAGUUAACAGCCAUGCCGGGCGAAAAUGAUUAAGCCUUAAACUGAAUUUGUCUUUUGUUGCAGUAGCAUCAUCUGUCCAUCCGUCGUUUGUUCCCUCUAUGUAGGGUCACUGGGGGGCUGGUACCUGUCUCCAGCGGUCAUUGGGCCAAAGGUGGGGUCCACCCUGGACAGGUCACCAGUCCAUCACAGCAAUAUCAUAAUCUUGAAGUGAAAUUGUUUUGUGAAAUUCAACAUUUAAUUUAAGAAUAUUUACUCAUUUUGGCAAAAAAAAAAAGUUUGUUAAGGAAUAUUUGUUUUUAAUAAUAUCACUAAGGCUGCAGUUAUUGCUGUCAGACGUUUGUACUUUUGUCUCUUUUAACAAUAGGACAGCAUAUUUUCUUCUCUUAACAUUUCUUAACUUUGGACAAUAAAGAUAGAAGGAUCUUUGACCAAACCUCUUUAAACAAUCUCUCUGGAUCAUGAAGAGUCCUGGUUCCUCGCCCAGUUCACUCUUCUCCAACAGGUCUCCUUAGGAUGUAGAUCUGGCAGCUGAGAUGGCCGUGGAAGAAAAUUGAUUUUAUCUAACGAACCAUUUAAACAUUGAUUUGACCACAUGUUUUGGAUCGUUAUCCUGCUGAAAGACCCUAUGAUGCCCUGUUUUAGUUAUUUGGUAGAUAUUUUUAUUGAAAAUCUCGUAUUAUAAAUAAUUAGUGAUGCCAUGCACUCGUAACAUGCCUCCCCGGCCCUUGUGGAGGAAAGCCCGGCCCACAGCAUCACGGAUCUUCCACCAUAUUUAACGUAUUCAUCUUUAGAGUCAUGCCAAACCCACCUGAAGCACUUUUUUUAAACGCUCAAUCUUUUGUCUCAUCCAACCAAAGCACAUGUUUUUUUUUUGUGACGGAUGUACAGAAAAGGCUCCCUAACAACCGACCGGCAUCGAGGUGACAUUUAGAUCAACACCCACAGCAUAAAUGGUUCCCAAAGGUUAGUUUCCUGCUUGUUCCUGCUGAACCUGCUGCUGCUAUAAAAGAUGAAUGUAGUUAAGACUUUUUAAUGCCUUUAUCAGAGGUGACAGUAAGUGGGCAAGGCGCUGUAUCAAGUUAGAAGCAAUCUUUCUGAAACUUUUUGUUAAUAUAAAAACAACAUUGUUUGGUUUAUUUCUGUUAAAACUGCCCCAUCGACAGAUAUCAGGAACUUAAAACAUUUCAGGCUUUCGCCAUCUCUUAAAUGUUGUUGGUUUUUAUUUUUCUGCAAACGUUGCUUCAUUUGUAAGACCAAAGCUGAAAUUGUUUGUGCUGCGGCGGUUAUUUACCCAUGUUGCCUUUCUCAUUAUGUAAUAAACACAAAAUGUACUCUUGUCGUUCAGGGCAAAGUCAUCAAUCAGUUUAAUAUUUUAAAAUGUGUUUUUAAAUGUUACCACACCUGCGUCUGACUUUCAACACCUUUCAUAUCGCAGGAUUUCCUCCUGAGCACGACAGAAAUGUCCAUGUAGAGCUUUUAUUUUAAUAGUGUGAUAGAUACCUGAGGAUCACCUGUUUAGAUCUUGUAGUGUGGCGAAAGAAACCUGUUAUUGCUCGUUCAUUGGGUUUUUUAUUCCAGUCUUUAUGUCGUCUUUGCAGUUUGAGCUUUAUUUUUUUUUUUUAUCAGGACUGUAAUUAAGGAUGUUCUGUAAGCUAUUCUCAGUUUAUUCAGUGACACCUUCAUAUCACUCCUCUCUAACAGUUUGUUGGAAUUUGUUGGAAAAAAAACACAUCCAAUGAAACUGUAAAUUAUAAGAAUGUACCCUAGGCUCUUUGAUUUUGAAUGUAAAUGUGUUGGCAUUAACAAAAAAAUACGUCGUUCAUGACCUGAGUUAUGAAUUUGGUCCAACAGACUGUGCCAAGUGGCAGAAAUGUAGACAUUUUAUAUCUGUGCAAGUUUGGAUAGCACAGAUCUUUGUUGUCACUGCUAUGAUAACAAUGUAACUAAAGCUGUGUAAGGAUCUAGGGCAGGGGUGUCCAAAGUGUGGCCCUUGGAAUGAUUUUGUGUGGCCCUCUGACAGCAGUUCAAGAGUGGUCCCUCCAGCAAGAGAUUUUCAUUCACAAAUUUCAAUUUUCUUAAAUGGAAAAUGUUCUGUGCAGCAGAAAAGUUUUCUUUUACUAGCCAUGUUUCUUGGCAUUCAUUUUAAUAUCAUCAUAAGUUGGACCACAAACAUUCAGUGACUUUCUACUCAGAAACAGACUUGGUCUCCAGCAUUCAUUCAAAAACAUUUAACCCAAAAAGUUAGGAAACUGGAUAACUUUUUUUAAUUGCUGGGUUCAACAGACCCUUUUUUAGGCCUUUUAUAAUUCAUUCUUUUCUACUUUUGUUUCGUUAAAAUAUUACGUGUUUGAGCAGGUUAAAAGUAAAGAAUUCGCAAAAUUAUUUUGUGAUUUUAACUGGAAAUUAAAAGCCCCUGAGUCUUUUGACUAGCCAAUUGUUGCCCGAAGUUUGAAAAAUUUAGACACUACUGAUCUAGGGCAAGAUCCUGAAAUUUCUGCUUCUUCCUGCAACACAUCAGUCCAUAUCCUGUGGCCACUAGAGGGCCAUAUCACAAAGAAACUUGGAACAUUGCAAAAUGUUUGCAAAAAUGUCUUACUGUUUUUUCUCACUGUGCUGAUAAAUGUACUUCUUGUCUAAUAAACUUCUUAACUUUA